CUUACGCUUCAAUUCAAAAUUCCAUGCCCUCCUCUCACCCAAAUCACCUACUGAAGAAGCAAACAAGGAAAAGAGAAGAAAAGGAAGAUUCAAAAGAAUCCAUCAAAGGAGGGUUUUGUUGGAAAUAAAAUUGAAGUGAUGAGUAAUGCAUUGCUGUUCAUGUCAUGUGAGCUCUUAGCCUCUGCUUUUCUGCUUUGCACAAACAAAAGAUUUUGGACCACUGUGAAGCAUUAUGAGGAGGAGUAGAACUGAAAAGGGGAGGAGGGGUAAAUCUACGCCGAACUUUGGAAAGGUAAUGAAGUGCCUCUGCUCUGGAGAGCAAUUAAGAGCAGCAGAUGAAAUGGUUCCUUCAGAAAAUGAAUCCAUUGCAACCAAGGAUCGUACAACAAGUGAGUCUUCAUCUCGAGCUGUCGAGGUUACAAAGAAACCACACACUGGCAAUAUAGAAGAAGCUGAGUCAUCUCUGCGUGAGAGUGGUUGCUUGAACUAUGAGGAAGCAAGAGCGUUAUUAGGAAGAUACGAAUAUCAGAAAGGAAACAUAGAAGCUGCUUUACAUGUAUUUGAAGGAAUAGAUAUUGCUGCAUUGACUCCGAAGAUAAAAAAUACCCUUGCCAGAGGAGGUGAGCGGCGUAGGAGACGUUCUCAAAGUUUUUCUACCCCGCCAAUGUCUAUAAAUGCUGUAACUUUACUUCUGGAAGCAAUACUUCUUAAAGCAAAAUCAUUGCAGGAUCUUGGGAGGUUUAAAGAAGGUGCUCAAUCUUGCCAGGUUAUUCUGGACGUUGUUGAAUCUUCAUUACCAGACGGCUUGCCUCAAAACUUUGGUGCUGACUGUAAAUUGCAGGAGAUUGUAAGUAAGAGUGUUGAGUUGCUCCCAGAAUUAUGGAAACUUGCUGAUUGUCCGCAUGAAGCUAUCUUGUCCUACCGACGGGCUUUACUCCAUCACUGGAACCUUGAGGUAGAAACUACUGCAAAGAUUCAGAAGGAGUUUGCUGUUUUUCUUCUUUAUAGUGGAGCUGAAGCAAGCCCCCCAAACUUCCGCUCCCAAAUGGACAGUUCAUUUGUACCCAGAAACAGUUUAGAAGAGGCUAUUCUUCUGCUAAUGAUACUACUAAGAAAAGUGUGUCUUAAAAGAAUUCACUGGGAUCCAUCAAUCUUGGAUCAUCUUUCAUUUGCUCUAUCUGUAUCAGGGGAUACCAGGGCUUUAGCUAGUCAAGUUGAAGAAUUGCUACCUGGGUUUAUGGAUCGGAAAGAAAUAUUCUACAAACUAGCUCUCUGCUACUACGGAGCAGAUGAGCAUUCAGUUGCUUUAAAUCUACUGAGGAGAUUGUUGAGUAAAAGCGAGGAUCCAAUGUGCUUUCCAGCUUUGUUAUUGGCAUUGAAGAUAUGUGGGGAAAACCCCAGUCAUGCAGAAGAAGGGGUAGGUUUUGCCCUUAGAGCCAUUGAAAGUUUGGAUGGUAAGUGUGAUCAUUUGAAAAGUACCGCCGCUUGUUUAUUGGGCAUAUCACUUUCAGCGCAUUCUAAAUCAGCGGUUGCUGAUUAUGAGAGAGUGAAAAGACAGGCUGAGGCACUUCAGGCCCUGGAAACUGCAGGGAGAAUGACAUCAAUGAGUGACCCUAUUAUUCUUUACCAUCUCAGUCUAGAAUAUGCUGAGCAGAGAAAGUUGGAUGCUGCAGUUGAUUGUGCAAAGCAAAUGUUAAAGCUGGAAGGUGGGUCUAAUAUUAAAAGUUGGUUAUUGUUGAGCAGAAUACUGUCAGCUCAGAAACGGUUUGUGGAUGCUGAAACAAUCAUAGAGGCUGCUUUGGAUCAGUCAGGGAAAUGGGAACAAGGUGAAUUACUGAGAACCAAAGCGAAACUUCAAAUUGCACAGGGUCACUUUAAAAAUGCCAUUGCAACCUACACUCAACUUCUCGCUUUUCUUCAAGUUCAGAGUAAAAGCUAUGGUUAUGGGAACAAGCUUCUAAAGAGUAAUGGAAAUUUUUCUGGAAGGUUGGAAUUGGAAAUAUGGCAUGAUCUGGCAUAUGUCUACAUAAAUCUUUCACAAUGGAGUGAUGCUGAGAUUUGUCUUUCCAAAGCUAAAGCCAUAAAUGCUUACUCUGCUAAUAGAUGUCAUGCCACAGGUGUGCUUUAUGAAACGAAGGGCCUCUAUAAAGAAGCUCUAAGAGCUUUUUCAGAAGCUUUGGAUAUUGACCCUUCCCAUGUACUGAGCUUAAUCUCUACAGCUGUUGUCCUCAGACGGCUUGGUGAUCGCUCACACCAUUUGUACACUGUUGUCCGAAGCUUUCUGAUGAAUGCAUUAAGUCUUGAUAGAACGAACCAUUCUGCAUGGUAUAACCUUGGCCUUCUGUACGAAUCCCAGGGCACCCCAUCUUCUUCAUUAGAGGCUGCGGAAUGCUUUGAGGCUGCAGUCUUUCUUGAAGAGUCUGCUCCUGUUGAACCCUUCAGAUAGCCACACAUACAUUCAUGCAAACCUUUCUCAACUUCAAAACCAUUUCCCGCAUACAAAAACAUCCAUUUUCUGAUUUGGUUGAGUUACCAUUCUCAGGCUGCGUCAUACGGUCGGGAUAAAAGUAUAGAUAUAUCGAAUCCCGCUAUACAGUGAUGACUGCAUCACCCCAAUAUAGUAACUAUUUUAUACAAUGCCUUUGCUCGUAUGGAGAUAUUUGUUCUCCUAUGUAGUCUUAAACUAUAUUGUUGUAACUUUCUUUAUUCUUUUAAUACCACCUUUUCAU